AGAAUGCUAAAAUGUCGUUACUAUAAGUAUUGUUACGAUUAUCCUUAAAUUACUCGCCGAAUUCCUAAAUCUUUCGGUUUAUUUUCACUGGAUUUUCAAAUUGUUUACGUUACAAAAAUACUUGUAUCAUUAAAAAUCUACAAUUACUGUUUAUUAAGAAGUUGUAUUCAACACAACAGCUUCAUAGUCAGCAGAAGCUUGCUUAUUUUUACUACUACAUAUGAGUACAACUAAGAAGCAUAAGAAGAAGAAGUAAGCAUUGGCAUCGGCCAAAAAUUGGGUAUCGGUCGGACUUUACUCUGGAUUUGGUGACGUUCUCAUGCAAUCGCAUUUUCGCUGCUGGGUACUUACCUACCCAGCAAUAUACAUUAUUAUACUCGUAUAGAAUUCGCUCGUAUGCUUUAAUUUCGCUUUUGCUGCUAAAUAUUUGUAUGUAUUUGUCUUCUUCAAUCAUUUUCUUACUCUUUCGCCUUUUUCGAUCUACAAUUCUACACUUUUACUUCUUGGCACAGCUUUAUCGCAUAUUUUAGAUCGCGCUGCGUCCCGUCCAUUUGGCCAGCCAACUAAACAUCGGUGUGCCAAUUAAAAACAACAAAAAUCACAACAACAACAAUAGAAAAACAACUGCAGUGCCAUCACCAUUGUGUUCAUCCCUACCACAUUGUUGCUGCUGUGGUUGUUGUUCGCUCCUACAUACAUAUACAUACAUAUGUAUGCAGAAAUUCCAGUUUUGUGCUCCUCAACAUAAUUCUUAUUGACUUCUUUACAUACGGUGCGCACAAAUGUGAUAUUCUUGCGAAAUUUUCAUUGUAUCCGUUUCCCACCGCGUUCGCGUCGUUCACACUCGAUUUCGUGCAGUACGUCUGACAUCUGCUUGCACGUACGCAUGCACUUGCAUGUUUGUUUGUUUGUUCGGUUCUUCGUUCAUUCUUCGCUGUUGCUUGUUGGUUCAUCCGUCCGUCGGUUUGUCGUCUCGACGGUGUGUGCGUGUUUGUGAGCGUAGAAAGAGUAGAAUAAGAAGAAAAAAAUACGAAAACAAGAAAACAACUUGGCGAGCACUUUUGCUUUCGGUCCCAACUGGAUUUCGUUAGCCGCUUCUUCUUCUGCUUCCUCCUCAAUAUCUUCACAUUGUUAUUACAUUUGUGCUUCGCAGUAGCUAUUCGCUUUCGAUUUGCCAUUUUAUUAUUAUGUGUUGCUUCGGCGUGCUAAAAUAAGCCAGAAUCAAUGUGAAAAAUAAACGAGAAUAGAGUGGUAGAAGCUUCGUCGACGUCGACGGCGAAGCCAGUGCUGACAACAGUAGCAAUAAUAACUAGUGCUUUCCGAGAUACUCGCAUUAUAAGGAAUCGUACCUGUGACUUAACAAAUUUUACAUAGAAAAUAUAUGCACAAUCGAAUAACUUAACAAAUCUCAGAAUAAGUGUUUCCCAUUACUUCGUCCUGCAAUGGACGGCUUUAACGUUCCAAUGUUGUCCGAUAAUGGCUAUAGUAGUAACAGUAGCAACAACACACCACAAACACAUACACAUCAUCACAAAGAUCAAAUGCUUAGUGCUGGCAGUGCCCCAGCCACGCCAUUCAUAUACGACCACCCCGCCAGCCAUAAAGGAAUCAACCAAGUGUCGGGCAGUUUGAAGUCCACCAACGAUUAUGCCACCUUCACCAAUUGCAUUCAACAAUCCGCGUUGCUCGAUCACCGUACAGUCGAUGCUAAUAUCGAUGGUGUUUCGCUCAGCAGCCUAUGUGACCUGAAAUUUCCCAGUUCACCUUCGGGUGAUAGUAAUUUUAAGAAUAUUUCACUUAUAAAUAUCGAGGCUAAUCAGGUGCUAGUGCCAGCGAAAGGUAUCGCUGCAAGCGAUUUGAUUACCGAUGGCGUCGGCAAUGGCAUUGAGCCGACUUUUUCAAAUAUUUUAUAUGCCAAGGACGACGUUAUCAUAGAAACGAAGGAUAUGCGCGCCGACUGCGACGCAGCUCAGGUGACACACGUGACGCACUACUUACCCCUGAAAGCCAUCAAUGAUGCUGAGACGAGAUUUCCAAAGGCCACAGUCACGGUCACGGCUGCUGCUGCUGCUGCACCAACGGUGACUACGCUGAAUGCCAGUGCAAUGGCUGGGGUGCAGACGGUGAGUACAAAGUCGAGUGCUGGGGAUGGUGGCGGCAGAAACAACAACAACAACACCAGUGGUCGCAUGAAGCGGGGAAAUGCUGGUAGUAGAAAUGGGCGCACAGCUGCAAAUCGCCAACGACAACAGCAGCAACAGCAGCAGCAGCUGUUACAACAACAACAGCAGCAGCAGCUACAAAUACAGCCAGCGGAAGCUAUUACUCACACUGUAACAACGGCAGGGCGUGGCGACUACUUGUCAGCUAGUAGUCUUAACGUUUUCGUAACGGAUAACCAGGCGUUAAGUGAUUUCCACAAAAGUUCAGCUGAUAAUCGAAUCACAACAACAACGUCCACAAUAAUAACCACUGCCACUGCCAGCAGUAAGAGCAUCACAACAAAUGCCAAUAAUAAUUUCAUUGCCAGCAAUCAUAGCCAGAUUGCCAGCGGUAGCUGCAACAACGCCGCCAACACCACCAAUACCAAUAGCACUAAUAAUAACAGCAAUAACAACUGCAACAAAAACAAUGUACAAAAUAUGAACAGUAUUGCAACAAUGGGGCAUAAUCGGGCAACAGUUUUGCAGCCUGUUGUCGAUGAGACGAAAACGUUGGGCUCACCCACCCAGCAGCAGCCAGGGCUGCAACAACAGCCACAACAGCCACGGCGGCCUGCUGCAGUAAUCGUAUCCACCUUGUCGAAAGGCAGCUGCAUUAGCAAAAGCAAUAGUGUCAACAUAAAUAUCAAUCAUGCCAACAACAAUAACAAUGUAAGUGGCAACAAUAGCACAAUGUCACCGAUUUCUAUAGAUGCUGCCACAGAGCCAGAGAUACAACAGUCACCACAGCAGCAGCAGCAGCACCAGCAGCAGCAGCAACAGCGGCAACAACAGUUGCAACAAAUGCAUUCAGCAAAUGUUAGCACAGAAUGUGAUUCACUAUCGUCCAUGGAUAUGAGCGAUGGUAGUUUUGACGUCGCACAUAUUGAGGACCUUGCAAACGAUGCACUUGUAAAAAUUGUUAUGCUUGCUGCAAUAACAACAGCAACAGCAACAACAACCACAAAAACAACAUGCAAUUAA